AUGCCGGCAGAGCGCCAUGGCACCUUACUAUCGCAGCGGCGUUGCAGCGUCACAGUCGCAAUCAAUGGUUGUCGAUCUGGGGGAACAGAGAAACGACAGGAACGGUGGGGGCUGAUCUUCGUUUACCCGGAAGGUGUCGGCGGGCUCUACUGCGGCCCAGCUGCUCGGGAGAUAGUGACGGCGUCCGGGCCCGAUCGCUUCCACAAGACUUCCCUGGGACACAACACCGCAUCCGCAGGACGCUCAACGACCAACGACAAGUCCCCGCAAUCUUCAAGGCGAAUGUCGAAUCUUGGUAUAACAGGGACCUAUGCACCGGCAGGUAGGGUGGGAGAAGCCUUGGUAACAAGUGUCCACGGGCGGGCGGAAGCCAAGGACGGCAUGAAGCGUCACGUAGCCAUUCAGAACCAUCAGGCUGAAGAUAAGCCUUUUCAACCGUUGCGCUAACGCUCCCCACAAGACUCUUGUUCGACACCAUCACAGCUCCCCAUGUGAAUGGGACAAAGAUUCAAUACAAAAUGGCUCGAGAAUAUUCUC